AAGUAAGUAAGUAAGUGGGUGUCGCUGUGCGCUCGCUCGGCGCUACACAAUGAUCACACACAAGACAAGGAAGCCGUAGGAGACAGCAGCGGUUCAGCGGAAGCACAGAAAUCUCAGAAAGUCCCUUUUGCGCUCGCUUCGGUUCAGAGGCUCGGGGUUUCCGGUUGGACUAGGCUCGUGCCAGACAAGCUCUCGGUGGAUAAUAAUGUGUCAGUGUUUAAGCUGUGUCCGAGCGCCGCGGUCUGUUGAGCCGCUCCGGUCCCGUUGAUCUAUGGAGGGCGCGAGUACCGAGCCAAAUCCGCUCCCCGAGACCCCGCUGUGUGAGACAUGGUGACAGAUGAACAUCGCGGGAAGGACCAUGGCUGAGCGGGCCAGCAAAUUCGUGCUGAUUGUCGUUGGCUCCGUGUUCUUCAUGCUCAUUCUGUACCAGUACGUAGCACCCGGUGCGAUCAACUUCGGCUCGCCGGCGCAUGGCUACCUCGCCGAGGAGGACAUGACCAUCUUCCCCACGCCGGAUCCGCACUAUGUGAAAAAGUACUACUUCCCGGUGAGGGACUUGGAGCGCAGUGUGGACUUCGAGAUCAAGGGCGAGGACGUGAUCGUGUUCCUGCACAUCCAGAAGACAGGCGGCACUACAUUCGGGCGGCACCUGGUACAAAACGUGCGACUGGAGGUGCCGUGCGACUGCAGGCCGGGCCAGAAGAAGUGCACUUGCUACCGGCCGAACCGCAAGGAGACGUGGCUCUUCUCGCGCUUUUCUACCGGCUGGAGCUGCGGCUUACACGCGGACUGGACCGAACUGACCAACUGCGUGCCCGGAGUCCUCAACAGAAAGGAGAGCAAGACAAAGAAACUGAGGAAGUUCUACUACAUCACGCUUCUUCGGGACCCAGUGUCAAGAUAUCUAAGUGAGUGGCGGCAUGUGCAACGAGGCGCCACAUGGAAGACGUCAUUGCACAUGUGUGAUGGCCGCACACCGACACCUGAGGAGCUUCCCACCUGUUACGAUGGCGCGGACUGGUCGGGCUGCACUCUUCAGCAGUUCAUGGAGUGCCCAUACAACCUGGCCAACAACCGGCAGGUGCGCAUGUUGGCUGAUUUGAGUCUGGUAGGUUGCUACAACGCAUCCACUCUGCCUGAGAAGCAGCGUGCUCGUCUCCUACUCGAGUCAGCUAAGAAGAACCUGCGUGACAUGGCCUUCUUCGGGCUCACAGAGUUUCAGCGCAAAACCCAGUACCUGUUUGAGCGCACCUUCCGUCUCCGCUUUAUCCGGCCAUUUGUGCAGUACAACAGUACUCGUGCUGCCGGUGUCGACCUGGAAGAGAACACCGUGAAACGCAUUGAGGAGCUCAAUGAGCUUGACAUGCAACUCUAUGACUACGCAAAGGACCUGUUCCUUCAGCGCUACCAGUACACACACAUGCUGGAGAGGCGUGAGCAAAGAAUGAUGCUCCGAAAUAGAGGCUCUUUCCACAGCCUGGCACGGGAGGAGGGCGCAGGGGGAGAGGGUACGGCUCGGCUACCCACUGAGGACUACAUGAACCAGAUUGUUAGUGGAUGGUAGCCCAGGAGAUCUCUCUUUAUAAAGAAAGAGAGACACAAAGACAGAUAAUGGGUGGAGAAUCCAUCUUUUCUUCAACCAAUGGAGAAAUAAAGUGGUUAUCAAGGACUAGGUUCCCCAGGAAUCUUUAAAGAAUAAGAUGCAAAGGAAAACAGGCAAAGGUGGAGGGUGGUGGAAGCGGCCUUUUUCCGAGAGAAGGGAUCAUUAUGGGUAUUCUCUCUAUCUCUCUCUUUUCCCCAGGAAUCUUUAAAGAGAGAGGUGUAUAAUGAGAGAAAUGAGAAAUGGUGAGUGAAGGAAUCAUUUCUAUUUUAGCUCAUGUAGAAAGAUUGGGAUCAUUAUAGACCCUUUCUCUCAUUUCUCCCAGAAAUCUUUGAAAAGACAGAAACAUGCAGAGACAGAGAAAUGGUAAAGAUCAUGGCCAGAGGGUCAUCUCUUCCUCAGCUCAGAGACAGAGAGGAAUCAUUGCAAGCUCUCUGUCUUUCCCCCACUAAUAAGGUGUAGUUUGGGCCAGACCUACAAGAGAUGGUAGUUACUGAGAGUGCACCUUUCUGGAUGGGUGAGCACAUAUCCCACCCUCUUUAUAAAACCCAGACCUUAGUGACAAAAUUGUAAAUGCUUAAAACAAUUCAACCAGUAAGGUGUUGUUUCACUGAGCUGCAACAAAAUUCUACAAAGCUUAGUUUUGUAUAAGAAUGGGAAAAAAAAAAUUGUGAUUAAAAUCACUUGUCUUAGGAAAGUCAUCCAAAAUACCGGGGAUAUUCAGAAUGUUUUAUAUUCUGUGUGUAAAUCUUAAGUUUCUUUUCUCUUUUUUUUUUUUUUUUUCUUUCUUUCGGUAAACUGAUGUGAAGUGCAGAGACUGGAACUUUCCAACAUGAGAUUAUUAUUAACAGACGCUGUGACUGAGUUUGCUUUAAGAGAGAUAUAUGUUAAUAUAUAAUACAGACAUGGCCUUGGUUUUCCAGCAUAUGUUUCUAUCAUUGUAUGUGCUGACUGUGUGAGUGCUCAGCCUCUCUGGGUACGACAUUUUACUCGGUUAAAUGGAGAUGUUUUUGGCAAGACAUGUUCACGUCAUAAAGAAAUAAGGUAAUGUCAUGGCUCCAUCUCCAAUCUCAACUGCUUGUAAGAAUAGUACCAGAAAGUAGGACACACGAUAACAGUCACAAUCCUUUUUUUUAAAUGGGAAAAGCAUGAAGUUUUGCUUUAAAGUGUGUGCGUGUGAGUGUGAGUGUGUGUGUAUGUAACUGACAUAUAAUUGUGUGCGUGCGAGCUUUGUUUUUUUUUCUUCCUGUUAAACGAAAAUGCAUUCAACAUGAAUGAGCCAAUCUCUCAGUCCCUGCACUUUAGCUUUAUCAUAAAGACUCCACACUAAAGUCCCUCUCACAUUCCAUGCAUUCAUACCGAAUAACACUAAAGCAAUUACUGAGGUGAUUCGAUUCCUGUGCCAGGACAAAAUGUGACAAAGCCAGAGAUGGCUCUUCAUAAUCGACUCUGUCAAUCCUCCAUGAAAGCGUACUUACCCUAAUAAGAGAGUGUGGAAAUAUGUAGCGUGUGCGUAUGUGUGUACAGUUCUAUAUUUGUGCGAGAGAACAUUUUAAUAUGAGGCAUUUUAAACACGUCUCCCCUUUGUUUUCCAUUCAUAUUCUAUAUUGUUGUACUGUAUUAGUACUUCUGUUAUGCUAAAUUGAUCUUAAAGUUACCAAUAAAGACAUUUUCUUUUUUUCUUUUUUUUAAAUAAAAAAAAAGCCUCCAUCAGUUUUUGAUUUGAUGAUCAUUGUACAGUAUGUGACGAUUUUCCUAUCAAUGAUAACAAUCUUGUAUUUUAUGUUGUCUUUUUACAGACAGUAUUUUUGUGGCUGACCUGCUGUAAGUGCAAUUCUAAAUAAUUGAACAUAAACACGUAAUAUCCUUCGACUUCGGCAUUAAAUGAAACUACAUCCUCAGAGUGAUUGGGAGCUUUUCAGGACAGGAAAAACAACAGAAUUAAUAUGGAUGUUAUAUUAUUCAUCAUUCUAAUUGUAAUCAUUAUUUAUUUUUCAAUUAUCUAUCCAUUUGACGCCUCUAGACGUUUAAUUGCUGCUUGUUUUGGAUGCUUCGUGCUGGAUCAGAGUGAUCAUGGAAACUCCUCCACAGCUCUCACUGUUCAUUAAGCCGCAGAUGUGUUUACUUGAUAACUAAAGACUUGGGAGCACUGGGAGCUAUCUAAGUCUUCCUGUGUUGGAAAAGAAGUAGGAAAAAAAAAGCCAUGGAAGAUGAAAGCGAGAGGGUAGAUGAUGGUAGAGAUGUCAGGAUGAUGAGAGGAAAACGACACAGGCACGCAGAUGGCAAUGACUGUAGAGAAGCCUCGGGUGAGCACUACAACAGCCUGGAGGCUCAUUAUACACACACACACAUCCACACACAAACUAUGGUACAGAGGUAUUGUGGGAAAUAAAGAAAAAAGUUGUAUAACUGGUUCCUUUUCAUUUUGUCUCUCCCUAGGUGCACUCUUUGAGUGGCUUCUUGAGAACUGAACCUAAACCUCACUUACAGACAAACACUUUAGUUGCAGUUUGAGUAGCACAUUUUCAAUAUAUUUAUAGU